AUGGGAGAUCUCAACUAUCGUUUGGACUGCAAUUUGCCGUUGCAAGAGCUCCUCAAACAACUUGAUGAUCAUCCCGAGCUAAUUCAGCAGUAUGAUCAGCUUUCUCGAUCGAUCUCGAGUCACAAAGCAUUUCAAGGGUAUUCUGAGGAAAAAUUAGAAUUCCCUCCAACCUACAAGUAUGUAAAAGGAGGGAAUGCAUACAAUCUUUCCAAGGAGCCUGCGUGGUGUGACCGAAUUCUUAUUCGAGGUAAUUGCACUGUAAAGAAUUACUCGAGCGUUCUCGAAACGACAUGCAGUGAUCACAAGCCCGUGGUUGCCGAUAUCUGCAUUCCUUGCAAGAAGUAUAAAUCUGUGGAGAUGAAUCGCAUUGCAAAUCAGAUCCGAAGCAGGCUGAUUGUUGAUGAUCUCGACUCUGUCGAACUAGACAUUCCAGAGUGCGUCUCUUUUAAUGCAGUUCGCAUAAACGAAGUCCAAAAGCGCGAACUUGUCCUUACGAACCGCGGAAGCGGCAAUGCGUAUUUUCAAUUUGUUUCUCGUUGCAAUACUGUGUGCAAGAAGUGGUAUCGAAUUGAGCCGCUUUGCGGUGUGAUAAGGCCGCACUCUUCUUGUGUUGUAUCAGUGCAGAUUCUUCUAGAUCCUCGCAGUUAUAGAGUAGAAGCAGAUUGA